CCCACCCGCGUCUUUGCCUCACGCGCCGGCGAGCUCCAUCUCGACCCACUCUCCACUAUAAUACGCUCGAAGGCAUCCACAACCCCCAGCUCAGGCCGCCCCUUAACCGACAUCGUGCUUUUCGCUGCUUCAGAUUCUCUGCUCGAUCGAUCCCAUUCUGCAUCCUGCAUUGAGAGAUUCGGAUUCAAUGUCUACGGCAUAAUCAAGAAACGCAAGAAAUCGUCUCCAUGUAUAAGCGUGGAUUUACGAAAGAUCAUAUCAGUGACAGUGAUAGUGAGAGUGAUGUUGAUAGAGACAGGUUGUUACAAAAUGGAUCGUGGAAAGAUGCUGGGAAUCCUUCAUGGAAGCGUCCCUUGCCUCAUGUUGUGGUGGCAACUCUGACAUCAUUCUUAUUUGGCUAUCAUCUAGGGGUUGUUAAUGAUACAUUGGAGAGCAUAUCUCUUGACCUUGGCUUUGCUGGUAGUACUUUGGCGGAAGGUUUGGUGGUGAGUAUAUGCUUAGGAGGUGCUUUUAUUGGUUGUAUAUUCAGCGGUUCGAUAGCUGAUGGACUUGGCCGUAGGAGAGCAUUCCAGUUAUGUGCUCUACCAAUGGUAGUUGGUGCUUCCAUGAGUGCAACAACAAGUGGACUAGAGGGUAUGCUUCUUGGAAGGUUCUUAGUUGGAACUGGUAUGGGCCUUGGUCCUCCUGUGGCAUCUUUGUAUGUAUCUGAGGUUUCACCAGUGUUGGUGAGGGGCACUUAUGGUAGCUUCAUUCAGAUUGCGACCUGCCUUGGCCUCAUGGCUGCUCUGUUCUUUGGGAUUCCAGCCAAAAUGGUUCCUCGUUGGUGGAGAGUAUGCUUUUGGAUAUCUGCCAUUCCUGCUGCAUUACUUGCUUUCUUGGUUGAGUUCACUGCAGAAUCUCCACACUGGCUUUUCAAGAGAGGAAGAACUGUUGAAGCUGAAGAGGAAUUCGAGAGGCUUCUUGGAGCGUCUCAUGUUAAAUCUGCAGUGCAAGAGCUAUCGAAAUCUGACAAAGGCGAGGAAGUGGAGGCAGUCAAAUUCUCAGAAUUGCUCCAUGGCCGUCAUUUUAAUGUGGUGUUCAGCGGGGCCACCCUGUUUGCAUUACAACAACUAUCUGGCAUAAACGCCAUCUUUUACUUCUCUUCAACUGUUUUCAGAAGUGCUGGAGUACCUUCGGAUAUUGGAAAUGUAUGCAUAGGACUGGUGAACACAUCAGGAUCUGUUGUUGCAAUGAUUCUGAUGGAUAGAUUGGGAAGAAAACUGCUUCUCAUGUGGAGUUUUUUGGGCAUGGCAAUUGCUCUCAGUUUGCAAGUAAUUGCAGGAAGUGACAUUUUACCUGGUUCUGUUAGGAUGUAUUUAUCCAUCAUCGGGAUGCUGUUGGUCGUCCUGACCUUUUCUUUAGGCGCUGGCCCUGUCCCUGGCCUCCUCCUAUCAGAGAUACUUCCAAGCCGAAUCAGGGCUAAGGCAAUGGCUUUCUGCAUGGCUGUACAUUGGGUGGUUAAUUUCUUUGUCGGGUUACUAUUUCUGCCCCUCUUGGAGCUACUGGGGUCUCAAAUUUUGUAUGCAAUCUUUGGCUGCUUCUGCUUGACUGCAGUGGCCUUUACAAAGAAGAACGUUGUGGAAACCAAAGGAAAAUCGUUGCAAGAAAUUGAGAUUGCACUUCUUCCAGCUGUUUGAUUUGCUUCAAUCGAAAAUAAUUUAAUGAAGUAAAAAGUUUUGCCUUAGUAUGAUGAUAUUUCAUUCCUCUUUAGUUAAACGUUAAGUAGGCAUAUUGUUUCAUUCUUCCACUUUAUGUGUGUUCCUAUAGAAAUUUCAGUACAGUAUGAUGUAUGAAUUGCUUUUGUGGUUGAGUAGUGAAAGACCACAAGGAUCAAUUCAUAUCUAAUUUUAUUAUUUAUUUUGGAAAAAAAAAAUUGUUAUCAUUACAUGUUACUUGCAUAGGGUCUCUUCUCUCUAACUUGAGAGGUUUAUUAAUCUAAAUCAGCCCUAAGUUCAGUUCAAGUUCUUUUUGUAGCUGCAAGAAUUGGAUCUUCACUUCUAUGAAAUGUUUUGAAUAAAUGGAAAGAGAAUCAUAGAGUUUAAGAUGGUAUAUAAACAUGAAUCUGCUGAUUUUUGCAUUAUGGAGUCUUUUCUGGUUGGAUUUCUUCAGAAUCAAAAGCUACAACAUUGUGCUGAAGCUAUUGGUUGGAGAAGGUAUGGUGUUCGGUGAAAUGCUUGCUUGUAUAUCUUAAGAACGUCGAAUUAUAUAUCAUUGAUAAACACUAUCGCAGUCUUGACAUUGAGAUUCUUCUUUAAACACAGGAUUAAUUUUGUUAUUAGAAAAUACUGUAAGAUGGAAAACAAUGUUCCAUGCUGUGGAACUGAUUUUCUUGUUGCUCGAAGACUCCAAUCUUCCCUGCAGGAGGAGAACAAUGCUGUA